AAUUUAAUUUAAAGCCUUGGUCUUGGUCUCCGUCUCCCACUCUGCUUCUAGGGUUUUAUAUAGUGACCUGCACUCCAAUUUGAUUUAGGGUUUCAUUCCAGGUGUCUCUAUAUAUUAGCACAAUUCGAUUCUCCCAUCCAAUUUGGGGAUUCGAUUGUUUGUUAUCGAAUCGCGGAGCUAGGGUUUGUGAUCGAUCAAAUUUGGGGAAUUUGAAUCGGAAACAAUGCCUCCGAGGACGGUGAAGAGAGGUGCGGGGUCGGCCGGAACUAAGAGGACGACGAGGGCCACCAGAGGAGCUCCCAAGGCUCAGAACCAGGCCCAGCCUGAUGCGCCCGAGGUAUCGGUGCCGGUGGCCGAAGGUAAAGAGGAGCUCAAGGUGGAAAAGAAGCCAAUUGUGGAGGAAGAUCCCGUUGUUGAAGACAAGCCUGUUGCUAUUGAUCGCUCAGGGUUUGAAGUCGAUGCGAAAUCGGAUCAGAACGGCUUCAAAAAACAAGAUAAGGCUAAGGAAUCUAUAGAUGAUUAUGAAAAAGAUGAACGGCUAGAGCUGGAGGAUGAACCUGAAUAUGAACCUGAAGAAUAUGUUGGGGUUGAUUAUGAUGAGAAGGAGAUUGAACAGGAGGAUGCCCAGGAGGCCGAGGAUGAAGGAGAUGAGGAUCCUGAGGAGAAUCUAGGUGAUGAAGAGGGUGAUAUGGCUGAGGAGGAAAUGGAAGAUGUACAUGAAGAACUUGAAGGUGAAGAGUAUGAGGAGCAUGGUGGUGGGGACCAUGAGCGUGAGCAAGAGCAUGAGCAUGAGCAUGAGCAUGCACAGAUGGUUGAUGCUGAGGAAGAGGAGCACCAUGAAGUUGUGAAAGAGAGGCGGAAGCGCAAGGAGUUCGAAGUGUUUGUUGGUGGCUUAGACAAGGAUGCAGAUGAGACUGAUCUUAGGAAAGCUUUUGGAGUAGUAGGUGAGGUUACUGAGGUUAGGUUGAUGAUGAACCCUCAGACUAAGAAGAACAAGGGAUUUGCAUUCUUACGUUUUGCAACUGUGGACCAAGCAAAACGAGCUGUUAGAGAGCUUAAACAUCCAGUGAUCAAUGGGAAACAGUGUGGUGUUACUCCAAGUCAAGAUAGUGAUACCCUUUUUCUGGGUAACAUCUGCAAAACAUGGUCAAAGGAUGCUUUGAAGGAGAAGUUGAAACAUUAUGGAGUAGAUAAUGUUGAGGAUUUGACAGUAGUUGAAGAUACUAAUAAUGAGGGAAUGAACCGGGGCUUCGCUUUUUUGGAAUUUUCAUCUCGCUCAGAUGCCAUGGAUGCCUUCAAGCGCCUUCAGAAAAGAGAUAUUGUGUUUGGAGUUGAAAGGCCUGCAAAGGUUUCUUUUGCAGAUUCCUUCAUUGACCCUGGUGAUGAAAUUAUGGCCCAGGUUAAAACUAUAUUUGUGGAUGGCCUACCUGCUUCAUGGGACGAGGAUUAUGUUCAACAGCUUCUCAAGGACUAUGGGGAGAUUGAAAAGAUUGAACUUGCUCGCAAUAUGCCUUCUGCCAAGAGGAAGGAUUUUGGUUUUAUUACAUUUGACACUCAUGAGAAUGCGUUGACAUGUGCUAAUUGCAUCAACAAUGCAGAGAUAGGUGAAGGGGACAAUAAGGCAAAGCUUAGGGCAAGGUUGUCAAGACCUCUUCAGAGAGGGAAAGGCAAACAUGUUGGUCGUGGUGAUUAUCGGUCCCCACGAGGGGAUGGACGAGCUAUCAGGGGUUCAUGGGGGCGCCCUACACCACCAAGAAGUCUACCUGUGCGUGGAUUAAGAGGAGUUGGAAGUCGUAUCCCAUCAACAAGUGUGAAGAGGCCUGUUGCACUGAGAGAUAGACGCCCUAUGGUCUCGUCUUAUCCUGCUAGAGCCAGGCCUUUGCCUCCUCCUGCUAGGUCCUAUGACAGGAGGCCACCUGUUCCAACCUACCCAAAGAGUAGCUUCAGAAGGGAAUAUAGUAGACGUGAUGACCUUCCUCCACCAAGGAGUAGGGCAGUGGCUGAUUAUGGUUCAAGGGCUGUGCCAGAGAGACGCCAGUCAUAUAGAGAUGAGUAUAGUACACGUGGUCCUGCCUACGUUGACCCACCAAGAAGUACAUCUCGUUCAACAACAAGAAGAGCUUAUGUAGAUGAUGGUUAUGGACAAAGGUUUGAAAGGCACCCUCCUCCUCCGCCUCCUCCUAGUUACCACCGUGAAGGCCGUGCUCGUGAUUACGAUUCUAUUUCUGGGUCAAAGCGUCCAUACUCUGCACUGGACGAUGUUCCACCUAGAUAUGCUGAUGCGGGCAUUCGCCAAUCAAGGGCAAGAUUGGACUAUGAAUAUGGAAGUGGUUCUUCUCAAUAUGGGGAUGGCUAUAGUGAUAGAGUUGGGAGGUCUAGUUUAGGAUAUGGGAGUAGCCGGACAAGUCAGGAUUCACACGGACUUUACAGCAGCCGUCAGAGCAUGGGUUAUGGAGGAGGUUCUUAUGGUGGUAAUGAUGUUGGUGGAAUGUACUCAUCAAGCUAUGGUGGUGAUUAUAUGUCUCGCGGAAAUGAUGUUGGUGGUAGCUCUUACUCAUCAAUGUACUCUGGUCGUGGUGUUGGUGGAAGCAGUUAUAUGGGUUCAGGUGGUUCUGGCUCAUACUAUUGAGAUCUGAAAUGACCAAGAGGCGCUCUAGGAUGGGGACUGUCUGAAGCUUUGGAUUAUGUUCUCUAGCAGUUAUGAAGGGACAAAAUUAUCUAAGAGCGUCUGCAGCACUGGGAAACUUGGAUUGGAUUGUAUACAGUAGGUCAAGCAGUCGUAGAUUUUCCAUAGAUCAGAUAUUCUGUCAGGCCAAAGUUUUGAUGCUGCAAGGAAGCUGAAGUUAUUCAGAGACGAAUCAUACAGCGCCUUCUAUUUAAUCUCCUAUAAGAACUCACCUGAUGGAAAACUUGGUGUCAUUUAUGUACAGAAUAUGAUGAGAGAACAAGGGUUUUCUAAUUGUGGUCUUAAGGUAUUUUGGAUAUUUUUUUUGCUGAAUCCUUUGGGGAGGUUUUGGAUUUGAAUAAUAAGUGUCAUUUUGGUCAAUUUAGACCCGCAUAAUCAAUUUCAGCUUCAUGACCUUGAAUGAGUGCUUCAGUGAGUUAAGGAACCAUUGAGCAUUGAGCAUGCUCAGAUUUCUAGGAAGAUUGACCUGGAAUAUUCUCUGGUUGCAAUUGCAGAGUUUACUUUGUAUUUGAGGAUUGGCAAUGGUAAGUAUGUGGUUUUGAUAUUUAGUACCGCAGAAAAGAUGAAGACUGGUCCAAAUAGCAUACUUCAAAUACCAGGGUGAUCAUGCAAUGCUUUUCCUUUAUGGAUAUUAACUGACAAAUAAAAUUGGGUGCAUUCAUUUAUAAUUCCUCUUGGUUAAUAUUGAUGACCUUUAGUUGCUUUCCCCGUAUUCUACGAAGAACCUUUGUCAACAACUAACUGAUUCGAGUGCAAAAGGCAGACAAGUUAGGGCAGUUAAAUAAAGGAUGUAUUAGACUGUAGGGUGGAUCUUUUGGACUCGCCAUGUUCAUCUGUACCGUGAUUCUGUAAACUAUAUGGAUUUCAAGAGUUAGAGCUUAGGAUGACUUGGUUUGAUGAAUAGGUCCUGCUUUAUCCUUCUUCAGUUAUGUAGUUGCUCAGGAACUCUGAUACUUCUGCCGGUUUCAAUCUAUACAGCAUGUGCUUAGGUAUCUCUGCAUAUACCAAUUGGGUUAGGAUUUGGACGUCACCUGAUUCUAAAAAAAAGA